GUUUCUUUUUCUAUGCCAUAGAUGUAAUUUCUAUAUUCUCAUUUUCCAUUUCUCUUAUUUAGUUGAUGUCUGUAUCUCGAUAAGUGUCUGUGAAAAAUUUUUUGAUAAUUUCAUUCGUAGAAUAUUAUAUUAUUUAUUAUAAUAUAUUAACCGUUAUUAUUUAUUCAAUAAAAAUAUUUUUAUUGAAGAUUAAACAAAGAUUAUAACAUAAAACAUUAAAUAUGUCGAUGGAAACAGUUCCGAAAGAAUUACGUGGAUUAAGAGCAUGUUUAGUAUGUUCUUUGGUUAAGACAUUUGAUCAAUUUGAAUUCGAUGGUUGCGAUAAUUGCGAUGAAUUUUUACGUAUGAAAAAUAAUAAAGAUAAUGUUUUUGAUUGUACCAGUUCUAAUUUUGAUGGUAUGAUUGCAGCAAUGAGUCCUGAGGAUAGUUGGGUAUGCAAAUGGCAAAGAAUAAAUCGAUUUUGUAAAGGUGUGUAUGCAAUAUCAGUAUCAGGUCGAUUGCCAGCAGGUGUUAUAAGAGAGAUGAAAAGCAGAGGAAUAGUGUACAGACCACGAGAUACAAGUCAACGAUAAUUUCAAAAAUUAUCAAUAUCAAAUAUGAUUGUUACCUGGACAUGUGUUCGAAUGAGAAUAAACGGGAUGCCGCAUCACGGGCAAAUUACUAUUUACACAAUUAAGCCAUAGAUUUGCACAAGUAACGUGAUAAUUAUUCUCGUUAUAUAUUACUCUGCCGCUGGUAAUAACUGUUAAACAAAGUGAGCAACAAAUGGCUUCUCCUUGAUGUAAAGGCCAAGCUGGUAAUUCCGUAACGAUCUGAAAUUUAUUAUAAAAACGUACAAAUUUUAAUGUAUAAAUUAUAUAAUAAUUGUAUAUAAUAAUUGUAUGUAAUGUAAUUGUAUAAUAAUUAUAAUAAUAAUAAUAUAAUAUAUAUUAUUAUAAUAUAUAUUAUUAUAAUUAUAAUAUAAUAAAAUAAUAAUGUAAUUGUAUAAUAAUUGUAUAAUAAUUGUAUAAUAAUUGUAUAAUAAUGUAUAAAUUUUUUGUACAAUAAACUUUGAAUUAAGAAAAAUUAA